AUGAAGCCAAAUCUUACUCACACAUCGAUAUCACCAUCACGGCUCCUCCAACUCCCAGCCGAACUCCGUCUCAAGAUCUACGAAUAUGCACUAGACGUACCAAACGAGUACCUAGUCAGCAAACCGAUGAUCGUACUAGGCGAUCAUGGCAACACCUUCACAGCCCGCGGUCAAUACCGAGCAUUAUCAAUGAGUCCGCACUGGGUUGGCGAAGACGGCACCGCACGCAAGUUACUCGCGGUGAACCGGCAACUCCACAACGAAGUCGAAGACUACCUCUACUCAACGCACACGCUCUUCCUCCGCAACUCCUUCAAUCUGGACCGCCUAGCCGACUUCCUGGAUACGCUCAGCGCAACCGCGCGUGCGCGCAUCCGCAGCGUCGGCUUCGAGGUCUUCUUCUUCGUGCACACGCAGACCGGCGUGCCGAAGCGCACGCUAAAGCAAUACGAGGCCGCCGCACGGCUUCUGGCCGAGAAACUUCCGUGCUGGAAUAGUGUGCUGCUUUAUCUCGAUCCGCGCUACUAUUAUCCGUCUGCGAACGUUGGUGGUCGGGAUCUCACGGCCCGAGGGGUGUUUGAUCUUGCGACGCGUUUCGGCACUUUGUGUAAGGAUGUGAGCUUCUAUCCGCUGCCGAAUGGUGAUCAUCAUCUGCUUGAUGAGGCUCAGCAGUUUGUUUGGCGGAGUCGUUCGCCGUUGAGACAGCCAGAUGGUCGUCGGUCUAUUAAGGGGUGUUCGGCUUGGUCUUUGGAUUUCAAGAAGAACUUGGUUGCGCCAAGUCGGGUUCGGCAGGCCUCGUCUGUUUACUAA